AUGCCUAGAGUGUGUAAAUCAGGAACAGUCGAUGUGGUAGAUCAGCUUAAAGUACUUGAACCUACUCAUCGGUUCAAAUCAAAACGACAAAGCCUUCAUCAACGUAGACAUACGAUAGACGCUUGGCAUCACUUGGAUGAACCACUUUUACCUUGUCGACGAUUAUCAGACUGUCCUUCUCCUAAAAAGAAAUCAGUACAAUCACCACACAAACGUAUUCUAGUGACAGGAGGAGCAGGCUAUAUUGGCAGUCAUACUUGCUUGGAACUAUUGAAUGCAGGCUAUGAUAUUGUUGUCAUGGAUAACUUGAUUAACGCAAAUAAAGAAGCAUUGCAUCGUGUGGAACAAUUGGCUGGAAGGCCUAUUGUGUUUAUGAAAGGCAAUGUUACACAUGAAUCUGAUUUAGAAGACAUCUUUCAACACUAUCAAUUCUGGGCUGUCAUUCAUUUUGCAGCAAUUAAGGCUGUAGGUGAAUCCACACGUAUUCCAUUAGACUAUUAUCAUAAUAACCUGACAGGCACAUUAAAUCUAUUACGAGUCAUGAAACGACAUAAUCUAAAACAACUUGUGUUUUCAUCCAGUGCCACUGUCUAUGGUGAACCUGAAAUGAUGCCUGUCAAUGAAACAGCCAGACUAGGGCCAGUUACAAACCCUUAUGGAAGAACAAAACUGUUUGCUGAACAAAUCCUUCAUGAUCUGUAUCUGUCUGAUCCAGAAUGGAAUGUGAUCUUGUUAAGAUUCUUUAAUCCUGUAGGUGCACAUAACUCAGGUAUGAUUGGUGAACAUCCUCAUGGUGUACCCAAUAAUCUAUUGCCUUAUGUAGUCAAAGUAUUACAAGGCCAUUUACCUUUUGUGCAUGUGUUUGGCAACAAUUAUGAUACGGUGGAUGGCACAGGUGUCAGAGACUAUAUUCAUGUGUGUGAUUUAGCCACAGGGCAUUUGGCUGCAUUAAACAAAUUAGAAGAAAAGCCUGGUUGUAAAGCGUAUAAUUUAGGGACAGGGGCUGGUUAUUCUGUCUUGGAAAUUAUUCAAGCUAUGGAAAGAGCCACGCAUAAAAAGAUUCCAUACAAGGUAAUCAUGAAAUAG